UAAUGGUAAAAUGAAAGCAUUACUCGAAUUCUCAGUAAAACACUAAGAGGAUGAACAAACGACAACCUUUAUACAAUAAAGGAUUCACUUGCCCCAGAUUGAAAAUUUAGAUGUGUUCUUUGUAAAUGAAUAUUAAUGAAUUUUAGCCUAUGGCUACAAUUUUUGUAAUUAAGAUUACAAUCUGAAUAACUCAUCUUUUAUACAUUGUUAACAUUGACUUUAAAGACCCAGUAUCCCUGGCUUUUUCUAGAGACCAUGGCUCCCCAUAAAGAAUGGGUUUACAAACACAUUAUCAGAGAUUUCUCCUGUCCUUUAUUGAAGUCAUGAAUGUCCUAAAGCAACCUAAAGAACCUUUCUGAAUGUGGCUCGCAUUCAGGGAUUGGCAGGAGAGCAUCGAAAUAGCCAUAGUCUAAUCUUUUAUUAAGGAAAUGUAAUGAAUAAAAGGGAUUUGUCACAAUCCCCAAAUCUUUUGGCAAGCCUCAUUCGAGCAAUGAGAUCUUAAAAGUGUGCUGCCCGUCAGCCUGGAACGGCUGGAUAAUAUGUAUUUGAAAGUUGUUUCUUUUGGAUAUCCACCUGCAAUAGAUGGAGGGGGUUGAACAAGAGAGAAAACGGGCGGUGAAGUGCCUCCAUUUGGGACCAAUAGCGAGCAAAAAGACGCCGACGUGUCCUCUUAAAGCACUGUAAUCAACGACGAUUCAUCAGCGAAAUCGUUCAACCUUUUUUUAGUUGGAUAUUGUUUAAUAAUCAAUAGAUAACUUUAUAUAGCGGUUUUGUCCAAAAUAAGUACAUUGUUUAGAUAAACGAGGAUGAAUAAAGCAUAUAGGAGACACCCCGAGGUUUGGAUAUCGUUGUCGCGGAAUACAAUUCGUCCAAUUUGAGCAGGUUAAUAAAAGUUUGUUGCCAGCAGGGAAAAAGUAAUUAUAGUAUAGGCUAGAUAUUACCUUUUAAUAGUCAAUCAUCUAUAACGAGUAGUAGGACUUCUAAUUAUAACUCAAGUAAGGUGCAUUUUGAAUGUCACUCAACUAGCCAGCUACAGCUCAUAAAUAAUUCCCCGAGAGACAAGAAAUGACGCAAGAACCAAUUAACGGAAAAGUUAGGUUUGAAAUCUCUUUUAUUCUAAUAAAUCUUCUAAGCAUUCAUUUAAAAAGACAGCCCCCCGUUGUGACUUUCGGUGGUUUGAGGAAGUAUCUAGAUCAACACCAGGAGUUCUCUACUUAUUCACUGCCUUUCGAACAUCUGUGGCGGAUGAAAAUGACAUUUUCAGCAUGUCUUGUUAUUUAGUAUAAUUGAGAUUGUUCGCGGAACAUAUUGUUGAAGCUGAAGUCUCACACCAUCUGAGAGAGAAAUUUUUCACUUAAAGUUGGCAAGGCAAGAGGGUGAGCCGAGCUAGAAAAGUAUGAGAGGACGAGAGGGUCUUGGCUUGUGCUGGCUUAUACUAGCAACACAGCUUUGGUUAUCGUCUGCCAAGCAACGUGGAGUUGACGAAGAACGAAUGACACAGAUACUCGACACCCUGCUCGAUAAAGUAAACUAUGACAACAGAGUGAGACCCUUUUACAACGGGAAACCCGUUGUCGUUAAGGUUGGGUAUUGGAUACUUUCAGUUGACUCAAUUGAUGUUGUGAAUAUGGACUUUACAGUAGACUUGUUCCUGCGCCAAGAGUGGGUCGAUCCUCGUCUUGAUCACGGUCUAAACGAAACAAUCUACCUGGGUCACCGAGUUAUGCAGAAAAUAUGGACACCCGACUCGUAUUUCCUCAACGCAAAAACUGCAAAGAUGCAUCACGUGACAACACCUAACCAAAUGACCCUGAUAGCACCUAUGGGCGUGGUCAAAUACAACACCAGGGUUACCGUUAAAGCAGCAUGUACUAUUGACUUGAGGAGUUUCCCGAUGGACCAGCAGAACUGCCCUCUUGUAUUAGAAAGCUAUGGUUACGAUAGAAGCCACAUCGUCUACCACUGGGAAGGCAACGCCACUGAUGGCUUACCCUUCGUCCCCAACCGCAUGCGAAUCAUGCCACAGUAUUCCCUUGUUCGGCUGACACUUUCUAGAGAAUGGCAUCAAUACAUCAUAGGAAACUUUUCGGCAGUAGUGGCGGUGUUUUCUAUAGAGCGCUCUUACACCUACUUCCUGACGCACGUGUACGGCACGAGCUGCGUGAUCGUCUUCAUUUCGUGGAUGGGUUUCGUGAUACCUCCUGACCAGACUGCGGCUAGGAUAGCAGUGGGCGUUACCACUCUUUUGACACAAGUCACCGUCAUUAACAUCUUAAACAGCUCCAUGCCAAAGGUUAGCUACGUGAAGUCGAUCGACAAGUUCCUCAUAUCCUGUUUGAUCUUCGUGUUCUUAUCGCUGAUUGAGUACUGCGUUAUUUUGAUUCUGGACGGCAAACGCACGCGCAGGCAUCAGCAACACACCGACACCGCGAACACUCACGAGACCAUAGAGCCAACCAAGGAAGCUGAUCAGCCAUGGCCAAACAACGAAGCAUGUCAAAUAGGAAAGCAGGAAGAGAGGAAAUUCUUACACUGCACCGAUAAGCUACUAUUAAGGAAACGCUUCCGCGAAUGGACAUUUAGUGAUAGUUUCUUAGCAGGCAUAGACCAAACAGCUCUUUUAGUCUUUCCAUUGACAUUUGUCCUCUUCCACAUCCUCUACUGGAUGGGAUUUUUAGAGUAAAAGCAAUAAUGCAAGUUUCACCAUGAUAGCUUUAAACGGCUUUUGGUGAAGCCAACAAAUAGACUGUGAUGUAGGAAUACAUUUUGCGUCCUAAGAGAAAACCGUCUUCCUUGUGAAAAGCCUCAGACCAAUGUUUCAACACUAAAUAUAAGAUUAUUAAACACUUAGCCAUCCUAACAACACUCAAUAUAAGAAUAUUAAACACUUAGCCAUCCUAUCAACACUCAAUAUAAGAUUAUAAAACACUUAGCCAUCCUAUCAACACUCAAUAUAAGAUUAUCAAACACUUAGCCAUCCUAUCAACACUCAAUAUAAGAUUAUUAAACACUUAGCCAUCCUAUCAACACUCAAUAUAAGAUUAUUAAACACUUAGCCAUCCUAUCAACACUCAAUAUAAGAUUAUUAAACACUUUAGCCAUCCUAUUAACACUCAAUAUAAGACUAUUAAACACUUUCGCCAUCCUAUUAACACUCAAUAUAAGAUUAUUAAACACUUAGCCGUCCUAAUAGGGACCUAAUUAGGGACCUUAAGCAACGGCGACGGCAACUUGGACGACGACGGCAAAGAACAAUAGAAUUGGAUUGAAAACUAAACCAGUAUAACUGAUGAAAUUAGUAUUAUUCAUUCUCUUUAUCUAAAACGAGAUCCUCAAUAAUGUAGCCUUCAAGGUACAAGAUUUUCAGGAAAUGCCUUCCUUUGCGAGCUUAGAAGGAGAAAGAACUUCUAGAAACCAGAUUUUAAAAGGAAGUUAUCAGGGCCGUAGCUUUUAUGAAGGAGGCAGGGGAUUUGGGCAGGUGCUUUCUGGUGAGCCCGGAAUUUAAACUGGACAAAAAAGGAAAAGGCCUGCAACAAAUACAAGCUGCACCCCGUAACAAUUAGCUACGAACUUAUAAAAAUACUCUCCUGGCUAUAGAGUAAGUGCUGGCAGAGUAGAAGGGAGAGCUUCCAAUAUCUUAAAUACCAUGUAUCUGACGAAGAAAUGCGUAGACGAAGAAAUGCGUAGACAUCGCUACCCAACCAUUGUUGAGUUACUUUGCUAAGGAUCUUUUACUGUCCCCAAAAGAAAAAAAUAAAGGCAAAUAACAAAACAUUGAAUAACUGAAAUCCAAUCUAUCCUACCAAGAUCAUUCGCUCUGAUUCAUUCAUUUUGAUUCAUCCAGUUUCUAUAGAAUAAAAUAGUGCAAGAUACUUUUAUUGAUUUCUUUACUGACUCCUCACAUGCUCGAUUCUCGGGAAACGGCAACAGGACGCAAACUAGGAUUUCAAUGCUUCGUGCUACGGGGGCACGAUAGGCUAUUUAUUAAGAAUAAAAGAUUACACUUUAACAUGUUUCCCAGUAAAGGUGAGGGCACCUUCUUGUUCACUGGGUUGCUCAUAUGUAGCUCGGGCGGGUGGGAAACGUUUAGCUUUCAACGAGACCGUGAUCCUCUUAAUCAAUCCCAGAGGGAGCUCUGGGCUCUGUUGCUUAUAACUCUUCAAAUACGAUCAUCUCAGUGAUAACCAAUAACAUCAGAAAUUUUAGGCCUAAACAACAUGCAUAAGCACAUAUGAAAUUAGUCAAGAGAAGUAAAAAACGUAUUUUGUGCAAAUAGUGUAUUUCUAGUUCUCCGUAUUACAAAUAAUCUGCUGCUAAUAGUCAAUGACGACAACAAAAUGCAGACAAAUGAUACCAAACAUUGUGCUUAAUGAGCGUCAGUGUCUUUAAAUAAUUUUCUAAGAUUUCGGUACGUCAUCGCAGGUGCGUCAAGGCAAUAAAAUACGUGCCGGCCAAUUUCGAGAUAACUGCUUGUCUAACGACCAUGUUUAGUGUUCAGCCGUGUGUUUAUUCCGGUGGAAAAAGGCAUUCAGUAGACUUCCUACAAACACUGUCCUCACCCCCUCCUCCCAAAGAUCAAAUCUUUUCAUGUUUAUCUCUAUUAAACCGGUUAAUUUGCUGAAAAAAGGCGGAGGGAAGUAAUGAUAAUUAAUCAUAAAGGCCUGAAGGGACAGUUUAGCAGGGGCGGGCUAGUGUUGACAUGAUAUAAAGCAAAGGAUGUUUUAGUUUCAACAGGAUAAUCAGUUCAGAUGUGUUACUAUAAAUAAAUACUUAUUGCAAAUACGUUAGACAGCAACAUUUAUUUGACUAGACAAUUAUCCUAUAAAUGGAGCUUCAUAAAUGACACGUUUCACGAACUCGAAAGUUUGCUCUUUGCAAAGAAGAAUCUCUAGACGACGAAGUUUGAACUCUCCAAGAAAAUCAUACCAUGCAUGCGGGGAGAAUAGCACUCACAGCAGUAUUAUGUGCACUUUACAUGAACAGCAAAGUAGCUAGCCACAGAUGGUUCGACAGCUUGGACAACAACACUGCAAUCCUGGCGGCCGCCAAGUCAGUGAUGUCCGCUCCGUCCAGACCACCGUGCUUCAAGGGCAACUGCAUACCAAGACGAGUGGCGAGAAAAGAGUACAUCAGAGCAUACUAUCCAUCGCUCAGCUGUAUAUUUAAACACCAAAACACGGUCUCUGCAUCGUCAAAGGCAAGCAAAAGAUAUAAAUAGGAUAACCAAAGGCAACAGGAAAUUACAAAGAGUUCAUAAAAUACGAGAUGAUGACAAAUGCAAAACACAGAUGAAGGGUUAACAGAUAAUAAAUAGUAUCAUAGAACUUUUAAAUAAAAAUUUUGUGAAAUAUAAGAAUUAGUAAAAAGAAGAGCAAAUACGC